AUGUCUGCAUCUACUGGGGCUAGUGUUUCUCUUGUAGGGCAAGAUGAUGAUCAGAAAAAGGCGAUUGUACGAGUGCAACGUGACUUAAAAAGGAAAAAUGAUAGCUUGCGAAAGCUUGAAAAAAAAAUGAAAUCCAUGAAGGAGGAUGAUGCCGGUAUAGAAGAAAAGAAUACACUUUUAAAGGAAAUCAGCGAGUUGGAAUCAAUGCUUAAGAGUCUAAAUGGAAGCACAAACAGUAAUACUACUGUACCUGCUAAAGCUGUUGGUACUUCUACUAGUAGUAGUGCUACUCCUGAUACUUCUACAGCAACGAAGACUACGGCUCCAGUGGAGAGUAAAUCGUCGACAACAGAGGCACCAGCAAAGGAAACAUCUGAUUCUACAGAUAAUACAGAGAUUAUGGAACAUCUUAAAGAAUGUAUAAAUCGUAGCACAAAUGUUUCAUACGCUCCGUUUGGAUCUUCUCACUUACAUCAUGAAACUUCAGUGGUACAUUACCAAAUUGCAGAGUUUGCGUUAAUGAUGGAGUCCAUGACAAUUGUAGGUGUAAAUGCGCGAACUUUUGCCAUGAUUGAGGCAUUCAGGAAUCUUCUUAAGUCAACACCAGUACUUUCUGGAACUUCUUUCCGUGAUACCAAUCCACAAGACUUUGAACAUUUAAUUAACGUUAACUUUGAGUUUAUUCGUCGUAUACGUGCCCCUUCAGCAGGUAUGACACACGUUAAAGACUCUUUGGUCCGUCGUGUUGUAGCAUUGUUAUCUCAAGGAGAGAAGGCACAAAUUUCAACUGAUUAUAUUUUUAGUCCGGUACCAUUCGGAGUACAAAAAGGAACAGUUGGAAUGUCUGAAAAUGAUGUUUCCCGUAGUAGUGGUGGUGGUGGAGGUGAUGAAAGUUUACUUGAUGGUGAUCCACGUGAGAUGGCGUUGAAUGUCUUGGCAGGAAUAGAGAGGGAGAUGCAGCUUUCUAUAAAGAGUAUUGUAGAGGAUCGUUCACUACCUUAUUUAUCAUCUAAUGAUACAAUCCUUGUAUUUGGAAGAAGCAGUACGGUUGAACUUAUUUUGCUUGGUGCUGCUAGUAAUCCUAGACUAACAGUUAAGCCGAAAGUUAUUGUGAUAGAUUCUGCACCACUUUAUGAAGGUCGUGCACUUGCAAGACGACUUACAUGCAGCGGUCUUAAUGUAACCUAUGCUCUUAUUGCUGCCUGCUGUACACUUAUGCCUCGCUGUACUCGUGUCUUUAUAGGAGCAGCUGCUGUUCUUCAAAAUGGCGAUGUCUUUAAUCGCUGUGGUACUGCUGGUGUUGUUGCUAGUGCGAAACGAUACCGUAAACCUGUAUUAUGCUUUGCUGAGAGUUUUAAGUUUGUACCAGAGGUGUGGUUGGGUAAUCUCGGACAAAACACAAAACUCAUUGGACUACGACAGUUUCACCAGAGUGAGGACCGAAUCCGCAGUCCAUCUGGUUGGACUCAGUCAUCCUUUCAGAGCCACACCGUAGACGAACGACACUGGGAUCACAGAGAUAAUGAACAGCAACAACAGUUACAGCAACAGCUUCAGCAACAACAGCAACAACAAUACCAACAUCAGUCUCAAACGAGGUCAGGAGCUGUUCCUGCUGCGGGGUAUUUGUAUGAUCUUACACCUGCUGCUUACAUUGAUACAAUUAUCUGUGAAAUGGGCUGCUUGCAUACAUCUGCCAUCGUGGCAGCUUUACAGGAUCGUGAAGACAGAGAUGCAUAUCUUAUUUCUCAAGCGUGA